AUGCUUUAGAUUUUAGAAGAAUAUGAAGAAACAUAUGAUCUAUAUGAAAGAGAUGAUGAUGAUGAUAAAAAUGCAUACAAAACACUCCCUAAAAAAACAAGAAGAAUGGGAAAUUUAAACUAACAUGCUAUUUAAUACCAUGCAAAAAAUACGGUUUUUUUAGAACUUAAAAACGGUCUAAUUUUACUUGUAGGAUAUCCAAAAAAUAUUGUGUUUGGAAACUUAUAUAUAGAUUCUUUUGGAUAAAUACCUAAUCCUAAAAAUUAAAACAUUUAAAUGUUUAAAAUUGACUUAAAAUUAUAUAAUUUAUUAUAAGAUGUUAUUGCUAAGAAAAAAAUUCCUUAAGAAAUAUGCUAUUAAUUAAUGAAAAAUAGUAAUAUUUUAAUUGAUAGAGAUUACAUAUGA